AUGCCUCCCAAGAAGCAAGUCGUCGAGGAGAAGAUCCUCCUGGGCAGGCCCGGUAACAACCUGAAGAGUGGAAUUGUUGGCCUUGCAAACGUUGGAAAGUCCACCCUCUUCCAGGCCAUUACCAAGUGCAACCUGGGAAACCCGGCCAACUUCCCCUACGCCACCAUCGACCCUGAGGAGGCACGUGUCAUCGUCCCCGACGAGCGCUAUGAUUGGCUUUGCGAAAAGUACAACCCCAAGUCGCGCGUGCCUGCCAACCUCACGGUGUACGAUAUCGCUGGUCUGACGAGAGGUGCCUCCACUGGUGCCGGUCUCGGUAACGCCUUCUUGUCGCACAUUCGCGCCGUCGAUGCCAUCUUCCAGGUCGUUCGUUGCUUCGACGAUGCCGAGAUUAUCCACGUCGAGGGUGACGUUAACCCUACCCGUGAUCUCGACAUCAUCAGCGACGAGCUGCGGUUGAAGGAUAUCGAGUUCACCGAGAAGGCCCUCGAGAACCAGAAGAAGAAGACUCGCUCUGGCGGCAAGGGUCUCGAGCAUAAGAAGGCCAUGGAGGAGCAGGCUACCAUUGAGAAGAUUCUCCAGCACUUGAAGGACGGCAAUGAAGUCCGCAAGGGUACCUGGGGCCCCAAGGAGAUCGAGGUCAUCAACCCCUUGUUCCUCCUUACCGCCAAGCCCGUCGUCUACCUGGUGAACCUGUCGGAGAAGGACUUCAUUCGCAAGAAGAACAAGUACCUUCCCAAGGUUGCCGAGUGGGUUAAGGAGCACGCUCAAGGCGACCCCAUCAUCCCCAUCUCCGUCUCUUUCGAGGAGCGUCUGACCCGCUACGAGACUGAGGCCGAGUCCAAGGAGGAGCAGAAGAACGUUGGUGCCGAGUCCGCCCUGCCCAAGAUCGUUCUUCAGAUGCGCAAGGUCCUCAACCUUGGCAGCUUCUUCACCACCGGCACGGACGAAGUUCGCCAGUGGACUCUCCGCAACGGCACCAAGGCACCCCAGGCCGCCGGUGUCAUUCACACCGACUUUGAAAAGACCUUUAUUCAAGUCCUCGUCUACAACUUCACCACACUCAAGGAGCUCGGCACUGAAGCCGAGGUCAAGGCCAAGGGCAAGGUUAUGACGAAGGGCAAGGACUACGUUGUGGAAGAUGGAGACAUCUUGCUCAUCAAGGCCGGUGCUGCCAAGGGUUAG